UGGGCAGCCGCGGGGUCCUGCGAUGAGCGCUCCCCCGGCGGCUCCCCCCGCGCGAAUAUGGGCACAGCCGUGUCCAAAAGGAAGACGCUGAGGAACGAGGCCAUGUCGUCGGUGGCGGCUAAAGUGAGAGCAGCAAGAGCUUUUGGAGAAUAUCUUUCCCAAAACCAUCCCGAAGGUAGAAACGGCUCAGAUCACCUCUUGGCAGACUCCUACAUCGGGCAGGAGGACUCCCCAGAGAUGCAGCAGGCAGCACAGAACAAGCGCAGGCUCUCUGUCAUCUCCGACGGCAAGUUCGAGCGGAGCUUCACUGAGGAGCAGGCAGAGAAGAUGCCAAGUGAGGGACCCAAGCCACGGGUGUACACCAUCUCUGGCGAGAGGCCGAUGCUGUCAGACCACGAGAAUGAAAGCAUGGAACUGGUGGUGAUGAAGGGGGCUGCCCAAGAGGAAUGCCACCAUGGUCACCAAGUGCACGGUGCUGGCGGCUCUCAUGGUGCUGGCAGGCAUUGCAAGGGCUGGCCAGGCAGCAGGCAGGGCUCCAAGGAGUGCCCAAACUGCACCCGGCUGGCUGCCCCUUCCCAGCAUUCCUUUGACCUGGAGCACCAUCAGUCCAGCGAGACAGGGUGGCACAGGAAAAGGCUGGAGAGGAUGUACAGUGUUGAUCGAGUGUCUGAUGAUGUCCCCAUACGAACCUGGUUCCCAAAAGAGAACCUCUUCAGUUUCCAAACUGCUACUACAACUAUGCAAGCGGCGUUCAGGGGCUACGCAGAGAGGAAGAGGCGGAAACGAGAGAAUGAUUCUGCAGCUGUUAUACAGAGGAAUUUUCGGAAGCAUCUCCGCAUGGUGGGGAGCCGAAGGGUUAAAGCACAAACAUUUGCCGAACGGCGUGAGAGGAGCUUCAGCAGGUCCUGGAGUGACCCGACUCCCAUCAAAGCCGAUUCCUUCCAUGACUCUCGAGAAAGCCAUGACCUUCAGGAUUCCUGCGGCACUUUGGAUGGCAACUUUGACUUGAACUGGGAAGCAGAGAAGGAACUUGAAGCCGUGGCAUGUGAUGGAGAAGACUUUAUUCCACCAAAAAUAAUGCUCAUUUCCUCCAAGGUGCCCAAAGCAGAGUAUGUUCCAACAAUUAUCCGCAGGGACGAUCCCUCUAUCAUCCCCAUUCUCUACGACCAUGAACAUGCCACCUUUGAUGACAUCCUUGAGGAAAUAGAGAAGAAGCUGAACAUCUAUCGGAAAGGCUGCAAGAUCUGGAAGAUGCUGAUAUUUUGCCAGGGAGGCCCUGGUCACUUAUACUUGUUAAAGAACAAAGUUGCCACAUUUGCCAAAGUGGAGAAGGAGGAAGAUAUGAUCCUCUUCUGGAAGAGGUUGAGCCGGCUGAUGAGUAAAGUGAAUCCUGAACCAAAUAUCAUUCACAUCAUGGGCUGCUAUGUUCUUGGAAACCCCAAUGGGGAGAAGCUAUUUCAGAAUCUGAAAAACUUAAUGAAUCCUUAUAGGGUUGCCUUUGAGUCUCCACUUGAACUAUCAGCUCAAGGUAAGCAAAUGAUUGAGACUUACUUUGACUUCCGCCUUUACCGCCUCUGGAAGACCCGCCAGCACUCUAAACUAUUGGAUUACGAUGACAUUUUAUGAGCUGGAGAAGACUUUGCAAGAGGAAGUUGAUCACCGGUGUCCAAGAAGUCGUGCUGAUUGCAGAGAGACUUUUUUAUUGGCACGGGGAGCCCUUCAAAGCCCUAUGGGAGGCAGCAGUGCUAAAGGGAGGGAAGAAGGAGCCCUCGGAAGUGUGUUGGGAGGAAAGUCUCCUGGGUCAAGAGAGACUGGAGGGGAAAGGGUUUGACACCUCACUCGCCUCAGGUCAGAGCCAUGGUGUCUCAGGAGGAGCUGUGUGCAAUGAGGACAGGAUGGAGUUCCUUGCAGAACUGAGCUGUUUUGGGUCAGAAUGGGCCAGAUUUGAUUCCAGGUCCUUUUAAAGACUUUUGAAGCUCAGGUUUUCUUACAAAAAAAUAAAAUCAAAUCACUUACCCAUGCACUACACUGAAGAAGUGACCAGAGCACAGAGGAAGGAGGGUUUGUACUGAUGGCACCUUCUGUGCAGGGGAUGUUGGAGAGCAAGGACUGCUACACCUACUCCUGCAAGCUUAGAGCAAGACGAUCCAGUUUCCAUGUGAAUAUAUACUGGAAUAUAGAAUUGAAACCUAUCUCUUUUUGGUUUUGUUUAAUAGAAAUUAAGAAGUGCAAUUUUUAUAGUAAGGGGGGUAGAAUCCUUCCCAGUAUUUAAUUAGCUAAAAAUAACACACCAGUAACCAAUAGAUGAGGUAUUUUUUUGGUCUGCUUGAAAAUAUAUUCAGAAUGGUAAUAUAUCUUCUGUAGACAUAUUUAAUCACCAGCAAACAUGGUUUUAA